AUGAACGUCACCGGGCGCGCAACACGAGCCAGCAAAAGAAAGGCACCGAGCUCACCCGAUCAAGCGCCACCACCCAAGCGCGCAGUGAACGGAAACCGCUCAGAAGACGACGACAUCGAGUACGUUCACGAUGCCGAGUACGAGUACGAAGAUGUCUCCGACCUGGGAGCUGAUCUGAUCGGGACGCCUGUAAGCUUGGGCGAAUGGCGGGACACAAUCAAGGAUGUCGUGCGCAGCGUCGUCUCUAUUCGAUUCUGCCAGACGUGUUCUUUUGACACGGACCCAGCUCUCACCAGCGAGGCCACCGGGUUUGUUGUCGAUGCUGAGCGUGGGUACAUCAUGACGAACAGACACGUUGUCGGCGCGGGUCCAUUCUGGGGACACUGCGUGUUCGACAACCACGAAGAGGUCGAUUGUUACCCCGUCUAUCGGGAUCCCGUCCACGACUUUGGCAUUUUGCGCUACGACCCCAAGGCAAUUAAAUAUAUGAUCGUCGAUGGGCUAGAACUCAGGCCGGAGCAAGCUCAAGUGGGUGUCGAGAUCCGAGUCGUCGGUAACGAUGCAGGAGAGAAGCUCAGUAUCCUGUCUGGCGUCAUCAGCCGACUUGACCGCAACGCCCCCGAGUACGGCGACGGCUACAGCGAUUUCAACACAUGUUACUACCAAGCCAACGCCGCGGCCAGUGGCGGCAGUUCGGGCAGUCCGGUUGUCAGCAAGGACGGAGCUGCUAUCGCGCUGCAGGCAGGCGGUCGCUCGGACGGUGCUUCAACGGACUACUUCCUGCCGCUAGACCGACCCCUUCGAGCUUUAAAAUGUAUCCAAGAGGGCAAACCCGUCGAGCGUGGUGAUAUUCAGUGCCAGUUCCUUCUCAAGCCCUUUGACGAGUGCCGCAGGCUUGGAUUGACUGCCGAGUGGGAAGCCGCGAUACGAGAAGAGUUCCCUACAGAGACUGUGAUGCUAGUUGCGGAGAUCAUCUUGCCCAAGGGCCCUUCGCACAAAAAGAUUCAAGAAGGCGACCUGUUGAUGAAGGUGAACGACCAGCUUAUCACACAGUUCCUGCGCUUGGACGACAUUCUCGAUUCCAACGUUGGAAAGACAAUCAAAUUGCUGUUGAACCGUGGUGGCGAAGAUGUCGAGGUAGAGAUUGAGGUUGGUGACCUUCAUGUCAUUACCCCUGACCGCUUUGUCACUGUGGCAGGUGGAAGCUUUCACAACCUAUCCUACCAGCAAGCCCGGCUCUACGGCGUCGCAGUUCAAGGCGUCUAUGUCUGCGAGGCGGCAGGAUCCUUCCGCUUUGAUAGCCCUGACAACGGUUGGAUCGUGCAGACAAUCGACCACAAGCCAGUGCCUGAUCUCGAAACAUUCGUCCAAGUGAUGAAGGCCAUCCCAGACAAGGCUAGGAUCGUCAUGACUUUCAAGCAUCUUAGGGACCUGCAUACGUUGAACACCACCAUUGUCUACAUUGACCGUCACUGGUCUGCCAAGAUGAAGCUUGCCGUCCGCAACGACAACACAGGUCUAUGGGACUUUUCGGAUCUAGGCGACCCCUUGCCACCAGUGCCACCCAAGCGCCGGUCGGCUGGAUUUAUAGAGCUGGACCACGUCCCUGAUCCUGGCAUCGGUGACCUGGUUCACAGUUUCGUUCAUGUGAACUGUGCGAUGCCACUCAAGCUCGACGGGUUCCCCAAAAGCCGCCGUGGAGGUAUGGGUCUGGUCAUCGAUGCCGACAAAGGCCUCGUGCUCAUCUCACGGGCGAUUGUGCCUUAUGACCUUUGUGACAUCACAAUCACAAUCGCAGAUGCCAUCAUCGUGGAAGGCAAGGUGGUCUUUUUGCACCCCCUGCAAAACUACACCAUUGUGCAAUACGACCCAUCUUUGGUGGAUGCGGACGUCAAGUCUGCGAGACUCAGCGACCAAGAGUUGAAGCAGGGUGAAAAGACCUACUUUGUGGGCCACAAUAGGAUUGGAAGGGUUGUCCACGGCUCAACCACAGUCACCGAGAUCACAGCGGUCGCGAUUCCUGCAAACUCUGCUGCUCCGCGAUACCGGGCCAUCAAUGUGGAUGCCAUCACCAUCGACAGCAACCUGGGUUCUACAUGCAGCAGCGGUGUGCUAACCUCUCCUGAUGGUAAGGUGCAGGCGCUCUGGCUCCUCUACCUAGGCGAGCGCUCCCCUUGUAGCCAAAGAGAUGAGGAGUACUACCUCGGCCUGAGUACCAAGACCCUCCUGCCCGUCCUCUCUGCAGUUCAAAAAGGCGAGACGCCGUCUCUCCGAAUCCUCUCGGUGGAGCUGCGAGCCAUUGCCAUGUCACAGGCCACUGUCAUGGGCGUCUCUGACGAAUGGAUCAGCAAAGUGAGAGAGACCAACCCCUCUCAUCAUCAACUCUUCAUGGUCAGCAAGCGCACGUUUGAGCGCGGAGACCACCCUGCCUCGUUGCUGGAGGGUGAUAUUGUGCUGACUCUGAAUGGUAACAUUUGCACCACCAUCUCCGACUUUGACACAAUGUACUCCAAUGAGUUGCUCGAUGCCACGAUUGUGCGGCAGUGCCAAGAGAUCCAGCUCAGCGUGCCUACGGUCAAGGCUGACGAUCUCGAAACGGACCACGCUGUCUCUUUCUGUGGUGCUAUUUUCCACCGCCCUCACCAGGCGGUCAGGCAGCAAAUCAGUAUGCUUCAUUCGGAAGUGUACGUGUCGAGUCGCGUCCGCGGAUCCCCGGCAUACCAGUACGGUGUCGCGCCCACUAACUUUAUCACGGCUGUGAACGGUACGCCGACCCCUGAUCUCGAGUCGUUCAUUCGUGAAACUCGCAAAAUUCCCGACAACACUUACUUUCGAAUGAAGGCAGUGACGUUCGACUCGGUGCCUUGGAUGAUCACGAUGAAGAAGAACGACCAUUACUUCCCCACAAUGGAAUGGAUCAAGGACAACAACGAGGUGUGCGGCUGGAGGCGCGUGACCUACGAGGGCAAGGACGUGUUCGAGGGCGAGGCUACGGAUGGCGUGCUUACGAUCCCAGAUGCGAGUGAUAUGGAAUAA